UGUUACUGCCCCCAUUCAAGCCAGAGUUUAUAUCUACGUCAGCGUGACUCAUCAGAAACAGACGGAGACUAUAAACUCCUGUCUUGCGCUCUGCUUCUUCCAGUCGCUCGCUGACAGCUGUAGAUCUUCUGGUUGUACCCUGAACGCUGAUCUAGUCCUUCCAACACUCAACAUGCCGUACACCAUCACUUAUUUUGCUGUGCGAGGGCGAUGCGGGGCCAUGAAGAUCAUGCUUACAGACCAGGGUCAGGAGUGGAAGGAGGUGGUGAUCAGCUUUGAUGACUGGAUGAAGGGCGACCUGAAGGCCACCUGCGUUUUUGGCCAGUUGCCAAAGUUUCAAGAUGGAGACCUGGAGUUGGUCCAGUCUAAUGCUAUACUGAGACACUUGGGUCGUAAUCAUGGUGCAUACGGCAGUAACGACAAAGAGGCAUCCCAAAUUGACAUGAUGAAUGAUGGCGUGGAAGACCUCCGGCUUAAGUACGGCAAGAUGAUCUACCAGGAAUACGAUACUGGAAAGGAUAAGUACAUCCAGGAGCUCAGUGAUCAUCUUUCAAAGUUUGAAGCUGUCUUGGCCAAAAACAAGUCUGGUUUCUUGGUUGGAAAUAAGGUAUCUUUUGCAGACUACAAUUUGUUUGAUAUUCUGCUCAACCAUCAGGUCUUGUGCCCCACUUGUCUGGACAAAUUCCCAGCCCUGAAGGCAUUUUCUGCAAUGAUGUCAGCCCGUCCAAAAAUUAAGGCAUUUCUAGACUCUGAUGCCUGGAAGAAAUUGCCCAUCAAUGGCAAUGGGAAACAGUAGAGGUCUACUGAUUUCUACGAUAUGCUCAUCAAUGGCCAUGGGAGACAGUAGUGCUAUAGGUCUACUGAUUUCUACGAUAUGCUACAUCUCAUGUCAACUACACCCCCUCACAUCGGCACUUACUAAAGAAGCUCAGAGAGCUAUUUCACUUUUGUAGACAAUUGCCAGCUGAAUGUUAACAUUUUGUACUCUUGCAAUAUAAUGCUCUAACUAAUGUGACUUGAAUAAACAAACUAAUUGUGAAUUUGCAUCACUGA